AUGAGUGCCACGUGGAGCCAGCAAGUCCAGUUGGACGAGAAAGAGAAGCCACUAGCGGAGUACAUGACCCUCCCCGCGUCGCAAUAUUCCGUGCUGGACGCGGAGCGCAUCGAGCGCGUGGACAGCAGCACGUUCCGCUGCUACGCGCACCGCGUGCAGUUCUUCAGCGUGGAGAUCUGCCCCGUGCUGCUCGUGCGCGUCGACGAGGAGGCCGAUGGGUGCACCAUCCGCCUGCUUUCCGCCACGGAACAGAGGGCGGACGGGCGCACCAUCCGCCAGCUCUCCGCCAUGGUAGGCGUGGGCGGAAGAGGCAAGCAGCGCAGGGGGAGGGGAAGCGCGGGUAGGGGGAGCAAGGGAGGCGGAAGGCUGCACGUGAGGCUUCUCUCCGCCGCUGUAAGAGACAAGCAGCGCAGGGGGAGGGGGAGGGCAGGGGGAGCGCAGGGGGAGGAAGGCAGCGUAGGGGGAAGGAAAGCGCAGGUAGGGGGUGCGGAGGGGGAGGCGGACGGCUGCACCAUCCGCCUGCUCUCCGCCAGUAUAUGGGGAGGCAAAGGGAGGCCCGGAGGGGGCGAGGGGGAGGAAGUAGCGUGA